GCCGCCGCCCGACCCAGCCAUGUCGAGCGCGCCGCGCCGGCCGGGCGCAGCGGAGCCGGCCGGGCUGCGCAGUUCGGUGCAACAUCCAUACCGCUGGCAUCAAGAGCAGGAACACAGAAGCUGCAAUGAUUCACAUUCUCUCAUGGUUGAGGAAUAUCAGUGUGGUCAUUCAGACCACUGGUUGGAGAGCUCUACAACAUCAGAACACUCUAAGCAGCUUUCCAAUUGCCCCCGCUGGGAAGGUAGAAUUGAAGAAGGCAAAACAAUGAGGACAUCAGAUAAAAAAAUGACAAAUUCUGUUUCAAGCAACACUGGUAAUCCACAGGAAAGGGAAACUGAUGAAGUGGUCCUGAGGAGGAGACAGAAACAGAUCAAUUUUGGAAAGAAUACCCUUGCAUAUGACAGAUACAUUAAAGAAGUCCCAAAGAACCAGCGAAUUCCGGGAGUUCACCCUAGAACUCCCAACAAGUUUAAGAAGUACAGCCGUAGGUCCUGGGACCGGCAGAUCAAGCUGUGGAAGAUAGCCCUGCAUGCCUGGGAUCCUCCUGCUGAAGAAACCUGGGAUCUGCAGCCCGUCAGUACAGAACCUUCAGGUAGUUCCCAGGAACGGUUCUGCAAAGAUGAGGAUGUUUCUGGCUCCUUUGUGUUUGACAAAAAGCAGAAGAGAAAUGAGUGUGAAGAUGAAUGUAGACAGACUGCCUACUACACACCUGAGAGUUCCUGUUCUCCCGAUUCUUCUCCAGUAUGGAAACGCAGAAAAAUAAACAAUUCUGACUCCUCUGUGGUUUCAGAGAGCAAAAGCCAUUAUCUUCAGAUGUACCAAACACUGGAAAGCCUCACUGACUUAGGACAUCAGGGGGCUUAUUCAAAGUGCUCAGAUUGGGAAGCCUUUGGUGAAAAAGAUGAAUUAAUGACAGUACAACAAAGCAUAGAAAUAACAACUGACCCGAUUGCAGCCAGUUGUUCUCCAGGAUGGAAC